AACUCUGUCUACGAACUGAACAAGUAGGUUAGGUAGUGUGUACUAGUAUGUAUGUCGACUGACCCCAGAAUCUACGAGUGAAUUAGUUAACUAAAUUAUAUUAUUGUUGUUAUUUUGAAUAGUGUCACGAUGCCGGCUUACGAGUUAUCUUUAAUGUUACGAGCCAUGCCAAAACCUGAAUUAAAAACGACAUUGACACGUAUUUCUCAUGCAAUUUUCAAUCGCGGUGGUAUUAUAAAAAAUAUUGAAAAUUUAGGUUUUCGAAAAAUGCCAUAUAAAACAAGUGCCCAUGGCUUAGUACAUCGGGAAGCUAACUACAUUAUAUUUAAAAUUGACACAGGCACUCAAACAGUAGCAGACCUUAAAGAAGAAUAUAGUAGAGAUGUGGAUAUUAUCAGACAGCGAGUAUUUCGAGUUCAAGAAGAUAGUGACCAUGCAUGCACUUUAGAAACGGAGAUGUUGCCCCCUGCAUACCGCGAGGAAGUACAGAAAAUGAUUGAAGUGGGUAAAACACAAGUGAAUCGCUUCACAUAUAAAUUUAAAUAUAAUUCUGGAUUAGAUUACUAUCCUUUCCAAAAAUAAUGCAUCCCAUAUUUGUAACAUAGAUUAUAGUUGUAGAUAUUUUAGCAUACUUAUCAAUAUAAAUUAAAGUUAGAUAUUGCAAAGAU